AGAACAUGGGGCUGGCCUUGGAGGAGGGAGAGCAGCAUGGCAAUUUGGACUGUAAUUCACUCACUGACCGACUCCCCGGAGCAGAGAACACGCUGCUCUGACUCCCGCCGACCCUCAUUCAGUGGAAGCCUCGUGGUUGAGCCUGACCGGCAUCAGGCGGCUCACCGGCCCGCGAGGAAGAACGAAGCCAGCCAACCGAAAUAGUGGGAAGACAAUCUGAGUUGCUAAUAAGGGGGAAACAUGUCGGCGGUAAAAAAGAGAAACUCCAAUUCUUCGUUAAGCAAAGAAGAUGACCCGCAAGUGACGGAAAAGAUGUUGGGGAGCGGCGCCGUAGGAGGAGAGAACGGCGAGGAGACGGUGGUCUUAAAACAAAACAUCACCCUAAUGAACGGUGUGGCCAUCAUCGUGGGCACUAUCAUCGGCUCGGGCAUCUUCGUCACGCCGGCUGGCGUGGUCAAAGAGUGCGGCUCCGUGGGCUUGUCCCUGGUGGUGUGGGCUGUAUGCGGAGUUUUCUCCAUGGUGGGAGCUCUGUGUUACGCGGAGUUGGGGACCACCAUCACCAAGUCCGGAGGGGACUAUGCCUACAUCCUGGAGGUGUACGGCUCUCUACCGGCUUUCCUCAAACUCUGGAUUGAGCUGCUCAUCAUUCGGCCGUCGUCUCAAUAUAUCGUCGCCUACGUCUUUGCCACAUACCUCCUCAAGCCCCUGUUCCCUGUGUGCACUGUACCGGAGGACGGAGUCAAGCUUGUGGCCUGCCUUUGCAUCCUCUUGUUGACCUUUGUGAACUGCUACAGUGUGAAGGCAGCUACCAGGGUGCAGGACUUCUUUGCUGCAGCCAAGCUGCUGGCUCUCGGCCUGAUCAUCAUCAUUGGCUUUGUCAAGAUUGGCCAAGGUGACACAGAUUCACUUCUCCCGGAAAAUUCCUUUGAGGGCAGCCGAUACGAGUUUGGAAACAUUGGCCUGGCACUCUACAGUGGCUUAUUUGCUUAUGGUGGCUGGAAUUACUUGAAUUUUGUCACUGAGGAGAUGAUUGAGCCUUACAAAAACCUCCCUCGAGCCAUCAUUAUCUCUAUGCCAGUUGUGACAGCAGUGUAUGUUCUUACCAACCUGGCAUACUUCACCACCCUCACAACUGACGAGAUGAUCAACUCAGGAGCUGUGGCUGUGGAUUUUGGUGAUCGGCACCUAGGUGUGAUGGCAUGGAUCAUCCCAGUGUUUGUGGGAUUGUCCUGCUUUGGGUCUGUCAAUGGGUCUCUUUUCACAUCAUCAAGGUUAUUCUUUGUGGGUUCCCGGGAAGGUCACUUGCCCUGUCUGUUGUCAAUGAUCCACCCAACCUUGUUGACCCCACUCCCUUCUUUAAUAUUCACGUGUAUAAUGACACUGCUUUAUGCCUUCUCCAAUGACAUCUUCUCCGUCAUCAACUUCUUCAGUUUUUUCAACUGGCUCUGCAUCGCCAUGGCGAUCGUUGGGAUGAUGUACCUUCGUUAUAAGAAACCUGAGCUAGAAAGACCAAUUAAGGUAAAUAUCCUGUUGCCUGUGUCAUUUGUGCUGGCCUGCCUGUUCCUUAUCAUCGUAUCCUUCUGGAAGACACCAAAGGAGUGUGCAAUCGGUUUCGGUAUCAUUGCCACCGGAUUACCUGUCUACCUCUUUGGUGUGACAUGGAAAAACAAACCUAAGUGGCUCCUAAAUGGAAUCUUCUCAACCACGGCCUUCUGCCAGAAAGCAAUGCAGGUAGUGCCUUAGGAGCCCGGAAUACUCCAACUGUUACUGCCAUUGAGUUCUGACAUUACAGUUGAUCAACGUUAAGCCAGGAUGAUCUCUCUCACUCACCAUCUUCUCUCUCAAAUACACACAUGUGUGCACACCUGUGCAGGGUAAUGCCAAGAAUUGAUAAAGACUGACUGCUGCUCUGUUGACUGCCAAAAGUCAAUGACUAUAUGCACUUAGGAUUGUCUUUAUAUUCUUCUUGCGUUUUUUUGUUUCCCCUUUCUUAUUAAUUUCAUGUGAACAUUUUGUAUUUGUCUAAAAAAAUAUACAAACAAAGCAUAAAACCCAAGAGCUUUUUUCGUAGAACAAAUUUUAAUUAAUGUAUUGGUCUUCCGUUUAAUAACCAGCUGCAGGGAGUGAGUAAACCUUUUGAGUGUCUGGUUUGUGUGCCUAUUUAAUUAGAUUCAAACAGGAUUCGUAGUUUGGUCUGUGAGUCAACUAGAGGGCUACCUUUAUGUGUUGACCUGCAUUGCCCCUUUACACUCAUUUCUGCUUCAUUCAAGUAAAGAAAUAUGUUGAUGACACUUAUUUGUUCAUGAUCAACACUCCAAAGUGUUAAGCCCAUAUUUUUUUGUGUUCUGUCCUUAUUUAAAAUUUUGUGUGUGUGAUUAUUUCCUUGAUAUAAGAAGAGAAUGACAGAAGGGGGAUCCAUAAGCUUUUUUUUGUCUGCUGUAUAUGGUUGUAUUUCGCAGUCUGGGGGCGUAGUUGACACACAUUAUGACCUCCUAGUUUCUCUACAGUUUUUACUGGUUUUUUUUUUUUUUUUUUUAGCAAAAAAAUGUAAUUACAUUUAGUUCGAUAGCGUUAGACCUUUUCUUACUAAGGAAACCAACAAAAUUGUGCUUUACAGUGUUCCUUCUAAUGUUUAUUGUUGCCAUAGAGACAGUAUUGGUGGAUUUUAGGUGAUUAUUUUUUUGCUUUUGUUUCUUAUGUUAGGUGAGAAGCUCAUGGGAAAACUAACUUGUGUAGGUCUGUAGAUAUUUAUUUAUUAUUUUUUUUAGCAAACACUGUCCGUUAAUAUUAAUCUACUUGGUUUACAGUGCAUUUUAUGGAACGUGCUUUCCAAAUAAAUGCUGAGACUUUUUUCUCCUCCA